AUGACUUCUGGAGAUUCAAGAGGAAAGAUCUCUGAAACUGCUCCGAGACCAUUCGAAGGGUCCUAUGGUUUUGCAGGUGAAGCUCAGUCUUUCCUGUCAACAUCUGAAGAUGAAGAGCAGCAUGACAUUUGGCAACAGUUCAGAUUGUUCCCGUCUAGAUCCUCUGAUAUGAGCUACGGUGCUUAUGCAUCCCUUCAUCUUGGGGCUACAAAUGCUGAACUUUAUAAUGGAGGCCAUGACGAUGUACAUGCAGUUCCCCGAAUCGAUGAUUUGCCAUUAGAUUGGCGUUUGCCUUAUCCAGACUCUAAAAGGUCCAGGUCACCAUUUUCAGACAGUGAUGGAAGUCAGUACUCAUCCAUCAGUGACCUGUCGAGUUUCUCCACUUCCUUUGCUAAGCCGUACACAAGGCUGGCACCCAUCGGCUCACGGGGGAGGGGAAGGUCUUUGUACCAGUGGAGAGGACGAGGAGGAGAUACAGCAUCGACAUGCAGAGCCAAAAGCAGAGGGUUUUGCAGGCUGAGGGGAGCUGAAAAUAUGCCGAGCUUCCAUUCGAACAUGAGCGCACCAGAAUGUCGUGGGACGAAGCGGUUUCUGAUGGCUCCGGUGCCACCAUGCAAGAUUGCCAGGAAACAAAGGGUUGUGGAAAAAAAUAAAAAAGGACUGAAUUUAGCAGAGGACAGCUACAUUUCCAUUAAUGUAAAGGACAUGAACCAAAAAGAAGCUGUGGAGGAGAGGAGGGUUCGGGUGAGAGAGAAGAGAAGACGAAGGCGAGAGAAGAAUUGUGAAAAAUAUGGAGACAAACACAGACUGGCUUUCACGUGUGCGUUCUGUAAGUUUCGAACAUUUGAAGACAAGGACAUUGAGAAGCACUUCAGAAGCACGUAUCACCACGAAACACUCGACUACAUUCGACUACACGCCAAGUUUGAUGACCGGGCCAUUAACUUUCUCCAUGACUGCAUGGUGCACAAGUUUCGUAAAACAGAGUCAGCUUUGCGCAAGCUGCGCACCUUGUCUGAGCAGAAAACCAACCAGAAAGUCAUGGAAGGAGUGACGGAGGAUGACUUUAUGAGGAAGGUAGACGUUGUGCACUGUAUGGCCUGUGAAACGUACAUCCCUGCAAUUCUCACAUCUGUACAGCAGCAUCUCAGUUCCUCUCUACACCUUAAAUGCAAAGUGGUUUACAAAGAGCAGCUGAAGCGAGAGAGUGUACUUACAGCCAAAGCUAUAAUAAACAACGACAGUGUUAAAGUUCGUUACGAGAAAUACAUGAAGGGAGAAGACCCUUUUGUUACUGAUGGCAAAGAAGAAACCAGCUCAGAUUUGUCUGAACAGGAAAGACCUGAUGAAGCAGAGAUGUUCAGUAGUGAUGAGAACUAAACGGCUGAUCGGUCUUCUGCCUGUGUUCUGUGAUGUGAUUUAAAAAAAUGUUCCUGCCGUAAGUUCUUGGAGCUCCU